AUGCCGCCGAAGAGGAAAGCUGCCGCGAGCAAGUCGGGUAGCGGCGACGCCGCCAUCCUAGUCGACCCCCCUUAUCUCUACCUUGGGUCAUGCACCUCUGCCUCUACCUCCUUCCUCUUCGCACACGCCAUCACCGAUGUCCUCAGCAUCGGCGCCUCGCCCCCUUCCACCGUCCCGAACAUCAAGUACCGCCGACUCUCCCUCUCCUAUGACCCAGGAUCGUCCAUCGACCAGGUCGUCGCCGAGGCGAGCGACAUCAUCGUCGCGGUCGCCACGACCCUCGCCGGGCGCGUGUUCGUGCACUGCUUCGCCGCCGUAUCGCGCUCGCCCACCGUCGUGGCGGGCUACCUCCUGACGAGGAAGAGCGUGCCGCUGAAGGACGCGCUGGGAAGGCUCGUCCGGGCAAGGCCUGCCAUCUGCCCCAAUCCCGGCUUUCUGGCGCAGCUGAAGGACCUCGAGCUGAGGACGCGCGGGGAAGCCUCUCUCGACCUCAGCGCGUUUCCGGCGAAAAAAACGGAUCGCGUCGCGCUCUUUAGCGAGCCUGGUCAAAGUUAG